CUACUCAUGACUGGUGUCCUCCUCCCACACCUGGUCACUGCGCUCUGAAGCUUCUCACUCUCUCCUCAGCAGCAGUAGUCGUCUGCCUAACCCCUGGGGUGCCUCACAAUUUUCAUAGACUCCUCACAGAGAAAUAUGAAGAUACUAGGCAAGGUUGCUUUCUUGCUUUUGCUUGGGGGAAUCUGGUGUCAGAACAACCGUAAUGCUAAAGCUACUGGCAAGUCCACCAAGAAGUCUGCUGGGAACCAGGGAGGUGAUGUUGGCCAGCCUGCCCCUGUAGCUGACCUGACUCCUGGAAGCACAAGAGGCACUGGGGGCACUGGAAGCUCUAGAGAAGCAGCUGAAGCAGGGCAGGAGGGAGCUGCGGGAGCUCAAGAAGCUGGAGAACAGACGGACGAUAUGAGGCUGCACUUCCUCAAGAACACCCAAGUUACAUGUAAUGAUGGAACAGCAGCUGGGUUUUACCUAAAGGAGUUCAGAGGAAGCCGCCGAUGGCUGUUAUUUCUGGAAGGUGGCUGGUGCUGCCACAGCAAAGAGACCUGCGAUUCCAGGUACCAAAAUAUACCCCGACUAAUGAGCUCAUCAGGGUGGCCCCAAACAAAAAGAGGGACUGGAAUUUUGUCUUCUCAAGCAGAGGAGAACCCACACUGGCAUAAUGCAAACAUUGUAUUCAUCCCGUACUGUUCCAGUGAUGUAUGGAGUGGCACUGGGCCUGCCCCGACCCCUCCCCCAAGGCUACGACAAGGCAGAGAGAAAGAGAGGGACAGAAAUACAAAUACAACUGAGUACACCUUCAUGGGAACCCUGAUCAUCCGCGAGGUCAUCAAAGACCUCAUCCCCAAAGGAAUCAAGCAGGCCAAGGUUGUCAUGCUGUCUGGCACAAGUGCUGGUGGAACAGGUGUUUUGCUGAACAUUGAGAGGGUGGCCAGUCAGCUGGAGCAGCUCGGCGCAGAGGCUCAGGUCCGAGGCCUCGUAGACUCUGGGUGGUUUCUAGAGAGUAAACAGCAGAGGUCACCUAACUGCCCUGAGACUAUUUCCUGCUCACCUGAAGAUGCUAUCAAGAUAGGGCUCAGGCUGUGGAAUGGGGUUGUGCCUGAUAGAUGUCGGCAGCUUUAUAAGAGAGGAGAGGAGUGGCAGUGCUUCUUCGGCCACAAACUGUACUCAACCUUGACCUCUCCUCUGUUUGUAGUGCAGUGGCUGUUUGAUGAGGAGCAGCUGCGAGUGGAGAACAUCUACAUGGGAGGACAGAGUCUGUCUGAGGAGCAGUGGCAGUACAUACAGAACCUGGGCAGGGAGAUCAAGAAUUCACUGACCGAUGUCACGGCUGUGUUUGCUCCGUCCUGCCUCUCUCACACAGCCAUUACCAGAAGUAACUGGAUGAGUUUCCAAGUUAAAGGCACCUCUCUGCCACGGGCCCUGCAGUGCUGGGACAGGAGUCUGGAGGCAACACGCAACAACAGAACUCCUGCAAAAGGCUGUCCUUUCCACCUGGUGGACACCUGCCAGUGGCCCCAGUGCAACCCCACCUGCCCAGCCUUAGUGGACCAGGCCACCCAGCAGGAGCUCACCCUGCUCCAGAUGCUGGUAGCCAUGGGCCUUGACCUCCAGAAGCUGGGCCUGGAUCCCCAGGGAGACGCAGAUUCUCUGGCCAGCAUGGUCAGCAAUGGUGGCUAA